AUGCACGUUUUCCUCAAACUGCAUACCCCACGCCGCGCGCUAUCGAUCUCCAGACCCAGGCUGUUCAGACGACCACUACAGAGCAUGCCUGAAAAACGAUCGUCCUUCCAACAGGAUGUCAAGGCAAUCGAUCCCAAGGUCCUCGCCGCCGCGAUGGGAGGAGACGUGCCCCCGGAGGAACCUCUGCUUUCGACUUUCGAGGAGGGCUUUGGAUACUUCACCUGUGCUGCAGUUGAACGUUCGCUAGGACAGUAUCAGUUCGUCCGCAAACUGGGUUGGGCUGCUAACUCCUCCGUGUGGCUGGCACUAGACACAUCGGCGGACACAAGAACCUUUGUUGCCUUGAAGAUCUUGACGUCGCAAGCCACUGCACAAGUUGUCCGGGGUCUUUCACCAGAGUAUGAAGUAUUCCGGAAGAUCGACGCGGCCGACGGUCACAUAUGCUUCGUGACGGAGGCGUUGAGCUCGAGCCUAGCAGACUUUCGAGAGCCUGGGCUGCCCAUUGCGAAGCGCAUCACAAAACAGGUCCCUCUCGCUCUGGACUACCUUCAUCGCGAAUGCGGGUAUAUUCACACUGAUCUCAAACCCGACAACGUCCUUCUUUCAAUACCUGAACCAAGGGCUUCUCGAAUAAGCGAAUACAUCAAGUCGGACUCUGCAUUGAUUUAUGGCCCUCCCCUAAACCUGAAAUCAUUGGAUUUACCUCUUGUCUUUUCACGUCCACAGCCUCUACCGUAUUUUAGCCUUUGUGGAUCUCUUGAGAAUAUAUCGGUGCGACUGAUGGAUUACAGCGAAGCCACUCCCGUCGACGCGCCCGUGAGAGAGCAUCUUCGUCAACCAUCUAUGAUCUGCGUCCCCGAAGUCACCCCCAGAUAUCCUUGGACGUCUGCCAUCGACAUCUGGACUGUCGGUUGCCUUUUGUUUGAGCUUCUCACCAAUUGGCACCUUCUCGGCCAGGACGACGCUCAUAAUUACUCGCAUGAACUCCACUUGCAGCAUAUGGUAGAGUGUUUGGGGCCGUUCCCACUUGAAUUUCUCAAACAUUGUGAGGACCGGGAGAAAUACUUGAGCACGCUGCUUCACACAAACAGCGAUUUUGCCCCAUCCUCCCUCGAAGACAUUUUGCGAGGCCUUAACGUCGUUGAUGAGAGCGAGAUUCCAGGCAUUGCUACUUUCUUGCGCAGAUGCUUGACGUUAGGUCCGAAGGUGCGACCGAGUGCCCAAGAGCUACUAAAAGAUGGUUGGCUAUUGUAA